UUCCUCGCCCGAUCCUCCUCGAUCGCUCGUCUCAACAGUUCAGCAUCCAGGCUGCGCCGCUUCUCGCAGCUCGUCGGUAUCUGGCGCAGUCGGACCAAGGCGAUCUGGCACGCCCGCUCUACAGAACUAUGCGCCUGCCGGGAAGACGACGAAAAGUUGGGCAAUUUUGGAGCGGUGUGA